AUGGUCACUACAACGUCACGGAAGAAAGAUAACGGAGAAGGAGAGAGUCAGAAUGAAGGGGAUGCAGAUUGCAAUGACAUUCGGCAGGCAGAUUCGCUACCUUCGCCCGCAACUCAACUCUCCGAUCGGGCACACACUGUGUCUCCACCCCUCCGUAUGGCUGACCAUCUGGCAGAGUGCUGGCAAUCCUAUUCAAUCGAGGAAGGCCAAGAAGACCUUACGCAAUCCGACACCAAGGACAUGCCGAAUGCAUGCGACAAAGUCCUUGUCGUUGCAGACGACCAGCCAUCGACGAAGAAUCAGAUCAGGCUCCAUGAGAUGUUAAUCGCACACGCGAACGCUCACCAUGGGGUACAAAACGACUUCAGCAUAGGCGAGAACUAUUCCGACGAUCCAAGAAGACCAAGCCAGUCCCUUAAAGACGGCUGUGGAAUUGAGGUAACCUUUCACCGCGCGCCGAGGAUGCCAGAUGACAACAAGCUUCACCAACUGCCCGGUUCCCUUGGAACUUUCGAAUUAUACAAUGUGGAAUCAUAUACUGGCCAUCUUCCGAUGAGCAUCCGGGAAGUUGGUGGGGUUUUCCUUGGCAUGUGGCAGCGUGAGGCUAUGUGGAUCAACUUCGAAGUGAACCAGAUUUCAAGAUGGGCGGUUCGGGUCUUCAUCGGACGCAUCAACGCAGUAUCCGGGCUCAUCAUGGAUCAAGACCAGGGAGCAAGUGGCGAAACCGCAGCACAGGAUUAUCUCGUCGUCCCAGGACAGCGAUGGCUGGAUGGCAUCUGCGUGGCCCGGGGUGUUGUUCGGCAAUUCAUCGCCAUGCCGUUGGGCUCCGGAUACACUGUGGAAGGACAGAAGACAACGGAAGAGAGGUAUGGCGGCUUGCAAAUCGAAGUCACUCCUGAAUUCGUGAAGGGCCUUCGUUGGUGGGUGCUCGAAAGUAACAAGCCAAACGGGCGCGCCAGCUUGGAUUGGACAACGUGGAUCGACGAGUUUAGAAACCCUGCCGAGCUAGGACUGCAGAUUGGUGAUGUCCUUUGCGCCUAUGAACAGCCUCAUUUGGAUCAGGCCACAGUCGCUCUGUUCGGUGAAGAUAACGAGUUGGUCUUGGAGAAAGACCAUGGAAGCGAUACCAAGGGCCACUCACCGAGCAAAAAGAAGAUAUGGGAACCCGACAAAAACGAACCCCUGGUACAAGCAACAGAGUGUGAGCUAGAGAAAGUAAAAAUGGUAGUAGCCGCAAAAUUCGCAAAAUUGGAUCGGAAGGGCGAUGACGAAGAUGUGCCAAAAGGGAAGUGUGCCGUGGAUGUAGUAAAAGAGAUGAGGGUGGCGGAUGAUGAAAAAAAGAAGUGGGAGUUCGAGAAGGCAGCUGCGAAUGAACGCAAAAGAUCCGUGGGACAGCAGGCAGACGAAGACCGUCCUCUGGAAUCUCUCGAAUAUCCAUUCAACGAUGGCGAUGUGCACGCCGGCGACAGUGUGGAAGCAGCUUCUGAGAUUGACGAGGACCAACUCGAGGACGUAAAGGUCAAAGACAUCACAACCAUGGGUCUAGCUGCCGGGGGCAAACUGAUUCAAGACAUAUACAAAGAUCCCUAUCCCGCAAACAUCUGGAACCACGCUGCCGCCCGCAUCAUCCAUGUGCACAUGCUGGACCCCGUCAGCUGUGAGAAAGUCACGCAUGUCGUGCCGAUUCCGCCGCCCAUGGACGUCGAAACCUACGCGGAGAUGGGCGGCGAGUUCUACGUCGUGGAGGAGAAAGUCGACCAGAGGCUCGAAGGCGGCGACUUCGAUAAUGUGAAGAGCGUCAGUCAGAUGGACGAGCUGAUGGGUCUGAGUACUGAGGAGGACUUCGACCCUCUCAAACCGAGAAUGUGCAGGCAGUGUGAGAGAAGGCUCUGCGAUUGCAUCAUCCGACCUUGCGACCACCCAUUCUGCAACGUCUGCAUCCGCAAGCUCGAGGAAGAAGGCGAGCCAGACUCAAUUCUCGCGAGGAAGAACUGGAAAUGUCCAUCCUGCAACGGGGGCGUCUCGCAUGUAGCAGGAUUCUCCGCCCCGAUGAAUUUGCCAGGCGAAGAGCCGAUGCGUAUGAAGGUUCCGGUCCACGUCCUUGAGAUCGACGAUGGGAGGGUCAGAUUCUCGAGCAUCCAGAAGACGAGGAUCUAG